AUGCCAAUGCGUUCGGAAAGCACGACCAGGGAGCUCCUGGACUGGGGAACCAGGGCCUCACGGACGCUGACCGGAUUGACAACAGGCCAGGCCAGGCCAGGCCAGGCUUGUGUGAUGCCGUUGUACAUAGUUGCAGGACAAGGUACAGGUACAGGUACAGGACAGGUAGCUGAAUCCUUGAACCUGCUUCCCCUUCUCGCCGCGCUCAAUCACUUCAUCUUGCAUUGGCAUCGUAUUGCUGUUGCUGCUAUUGUUGCUGCCGUUGCCGCCGCCGCCGCCGCCGUCGCUGCUGCUGCUGCUGCUGCUGCUGCACCGAGCCUAUCCACCUUCUUCCACAUCAUACCGUCAACAGACAUCAUGGCACGGAACAAGAAAUACUCGUUCCCGUUGCCUCGCCGCUUGCGCUCAAAGGCCUCGGACAGUGAACUGGACGACGUCCGCUCCCUUCCCUCUACUACCUCUACCACUGCCUCGGCACCUGCCUGGUCCUCUCGUCGCGACGACUUCUCAAGCAAAGCCCACCGCAUACUGGGCACCGGCGACACCAUCCACCUGCCGGACCGCUCGCAGACCCAUAUCCCCGCCAGCCCGGCGUACCUGUCCGUUGCCCUAUCCGAUACCAGCUACACAUCCCACGCCGACGACAGGACCUCUGCCUCUGUACCAGACCACAGCGUCUACGGAAAAAGACCAGACAUGGCGAAGCGCUCCUCGUCCAACCUGCUGGGCCGCACAUGUACCAACGAAGCCGGGUCGCGCUCGGAAAAUAGUUCCGUCACCCACCGACUCCAUCCUCAAGCAUCCAACACCACCAUGCGCUCCCACUACGACGCCAAGAACUCCCCUCUCUCCAUCUCCCAGCAGACCUCGGACUCGGCCGUGCGGGACAGGGCAUUGCGCAGGGGGCAUCCUCCCGUCUUGCCCGACCAUGUCUACCAUCAGGAAAACCAGUCCAGCUCGAUAUCCGUCAGCAUCACCGAGGAUGGGGACAGUCAAAGGGACCGCCGCAGGAACAAGCCUGCGCAGCUGGACUUGUCCAAACUGUUUCCCAAACCAAAAGGGGGCGAUGCGCAUCACUUUGGAAACCCGAUGCUGUCUCCGGAGAAAAUGGUCAAUUCUCCUGCCGCCAUGUCCAUGGCUUCGGAUUACUUUCCUCGGCCCAUGACUAGAGAGCCAACCCCCAAGGUAGGAGAGUGCGUGCAGCUCAAAUCAGCAACACGACAUCGAAAUCAGGUGACACCAAGCCCCACAAGCCCGCGUCGCAAGGUUGACAGAGAUGAGUACGACAACGCUAAAGUGCACGUGCGCCGGCCGCCCAAAGGUGUUCAGCACUGGUUCGAUGCAUUGGAUGAAGACAGCGACGAGACCUCCGAGGACGGCGGCGUCCCCCUUCCGGCUCCAAGACCGAUGCGGGCCAAUGGGCUAGUACCACGGGUACCCAUGCGCAAGUCUUCGCUCGAUCGAAUGCUACGACAGGCCGGAUGGACACAGUCUUCAGCGCCAAAAUCAAAGCAGGGAGCCUUGCCGUCCAAACACGACUCCUUUGCACAUGAAGACAUUGUCGACGUGGGCCGCUUGACAUGCCCGAGUGAAUGCUCGGUCAACACGUACCACUCGCUGAACUCGAACAAGACCAAAGAGUCUUCUCUGCUCUCCAAGUCCAAUCUUCAGGAUGCCAGCGUGCUCUCCUUUUCAUCAUCGGAGGAUGAAGAGGUCAGCGACGCGAAAGCGCAGAGAUAUCCCGUCCGUACCUCUCUCGACUCGGUCGCGGAUGCUGGCGAGAUCGUCGUUGGCAAAGCGGAAGCCUUUGACGUUCGUCCACAUGUACGACGACCCUCGGCUGGAGUCAUGAGCACACGGUCUACUACUUCCACCAGUGCUGCCACUAUCGAAGUCAUGUACACACCAGAAGUACCCUAUAUCCCCUACCAAUAUCAGGGUCACUAUCAGAGCCAUUAUCAGAAUCACUAUCCGAAGAAUAGCGUACACAGCAGCAGUAGACGUUCCAGUCACGUGCGACAGCCCUCGGUCAUUCACGAAGAUGAAGACAUUCGGCCAAGAACAGCCAUCAACGUGCCACUCUCGCCAUCUAGUCGCAGCGUCCGCAGUGCCCGAACGUCCGCCAGCGAGCCUCAGGCCCGUUCCAAGGCAACGCGCAAAAUGAUGGCAGUCACCGCCGAAGAAGAAGCCCUGCUCGAGCUGAUGCGCAAGAAGCGUGCCGAGCUACACAAGAACGGCUCGUCAUCCCCAAGCACAAAAAGCGCAGCACCAAGCCAGCGCCUGCGCACCCCGAGCGAAAGCUCCCGAGAGCCCCACCGCGCAUCUGCCUUUCGCGCUCUCGAAGGCAGCAGUAGUCCCGCCCUCGCCCCUGAGUCACAAAGGGCACCCUCAACAAGCUCGACCUUUUCGCCCUCUCCCUUGCUCCUCCCCUCACGAGGACGGCCGAGGAGAUCGCGAAGCAACACGGCAUCCAGUCAUCUCCGCGACAGUUCCGCAAGCGCAACAAGCGACGCCCAUUCCGACCGAUAUGAAUCUUCGGCCACACGAGGCAGACUGCCGCACUACCUCCCUACCCCGGCUGAAUUCUCCCCCCUAGAACCCUUUCCGCCUUGCUCGCCUACUCCCACGGCAAGUGUCACAUGUCCCACCGAUCCCGAAGUCUCUCGUCCGCCCUCUCCCAUCACGCCUGGUCUGAGCCGAGGUGAACCUGAUGUCGUUGUCAAAGUCGCGAGUAGCGACACCAGCCUGAGUGCGGAUACCGACGAUGUCGCCAUUCUGGACACCGGCGUCAUCGAUGCCCAGGCAUCUGAUGGCAUCAAACCCGAGUCUUCGCAGGAACUUUCUGGCGGCAAAGGAGGUGGUCAUCAAAGACGCCGCACGGCGAGUAGUGGGGCUGACAUGGCGUUUCCAGCUCCUCCUACUGGCGCGGGUGGCGCGAUCCGGGAGGAAGAAGCGUCGAUGCUGUUUCCUCUGGUUCCAAAGAAGAAUGCAAGACGUGCGGAAGGGUGCAGUCGCCGCUCAUCUGAUGCGGUUGCCGUUCCUGCACCAGCCCAGGUGGAAGUCAAGAUUGAGAAGCCAAACCACAGGGCAAGGAAGAAUAGCGGGCACAGUACUGCUUCUCGCACCUCCUCUUCUUCCUACUCACAACUCUCCAAUGCUGCCUUUGCGUCUGGCUUGUCUUCUUCCACGGCCGCGACCCUGGGACUCGAGACUAGGUCCAGUAGUCAUACUAGUACUAGUACGAGACUUCUCGCCAAGCCCGCAAGUCGCGGGAGCAGUGUUGCGAGUAGUUGUCGUAGCAGGAGGAGUGGUGGGGGUCGUGCAAGCAAAGAGGAACUUCGAGAGAGAGUCAUAUGCACGGAGAAGAGUUGGGAUUUGAGCGGAGAGAGAAGUAGUGUUAGUGAGGAUGUUCUUGCGGCUUGGGGGAGUUUGGGGGGCACGUAUUGA